ACUGCAUAUUUAGAGAACAUAUCAGAGCCAGAUCAAGGAAGCAAUCAACAACACAUGCUUAGUUGCAAACUUGGUAAGUAUUUACUUCCAUCUCACUGCCUAGCUAUCUUUUUCUUCUGUUUUCUCUCCUUUUCUUUUCUUUUCUUUUCUCUUUUUUGGAUGAUUUUGUAGUAUUUGUUAUGGGACAAGAUGUACAGCUUAUGAUCUGUGCUUGCACCCUUCUCCAGUUAUUGCAUCAUUAUGGUGAAAUCCAUACUCUAUUCCUAAACAAUUAACGGAGUUUGUUAUCUGAUGACAUUGAAGAAGUUAUAUAUGUCAAUUAGAUCGGGGGUUGACGGCACACCAACGGCGUUUAUUGUUUUCUGUUUUACUGUGCAUUUCCUUCGUUGAUUUUCAUUUUCCUUUUGGUCUUGCUAUAUAAAAUCAUCCUAAAGCAGAUCUACAUGAUCUACUGCAUAUUAAGAGAAACUCAGAGCCAUAUCGAGAGGAAGCAAUCAACAACACAUGCUUAGUUACAAACUCUGUAUUGCAUCUUCUUGGUGAAAUCCAUACUCUGCUCCAAAGAGUAUAGAUUUACAUUAAUUAUUUCCAAGUAGUCGGUGAAAUUUGCUAUCUAACAUUGAAGAAGCUAUAUAUCUCAACUAGGAUAGUGAACGUUCCACCCCUCAUAUGAGGCGUGUGACCAUUAAGUUGCAAGUUGGUGGCGUUCACAACGGUGGCAGAGUUCGAAACCCUGACCUCUGCCUCAUCCAAACUCUAAGGCUUGAAACCAACCAUUGGGCCUCAGAUCCACAUGAUGUACUGCAUAUUAAGAGAAUCUCAAAGCCAGAUCGAGAGGAAGCAAUCAACGACACAUGCUUAGUUACAGACUCUAUAUUGCAUCAUCUUGGUGAAAUCCAUACUCCACUCCAAAGAGUAUAGAUUUACAUUAUUAUUCACAAGCAGUCGGUGGAAUUUGCUAUCUAACAUUGAAGAAGCUUUAUAUUUCAACUAGGUAUGUAAGACUUUUCC